UUUCAACCAAAAAAUCAAAACUUUUAAAUUUAAUUUCUUCAAUAAAAAGAAGAAUGGAUAUUAGCGAUAAUUAUUUUUUCUCUGAAACUGAGAAAAUUGAUGAAAUAAUUGAUGAGACAAGUGAACAAAAUUUAGAAGGAAUAGAGGAUUUAGAAGAGCCUAAUUUGGAUGAAAUUGGGUUGAUGGAAGAACGUUGUUCUGGGUUAUGGAACCAAAUAAAAGAUGCUAAUGUUUUAAAUGGCUCUGAAUUUUCCGUUUGUUUUUUGAAUAAUAAAAUUAAUUUUUAUUUUAAAUUUAAAUGGGAGACCGGUUAAUAAAAAAUUUCAAGUUUUAUCUCUCUGCUCUUUGAUAUCCCUUUCCUCCAAUCACUUAAAAAACAUUAACAUAAAUUUUCU